UUCAUCACCUCUGCCUCUCUCUCCAGGUCUGCCUUUCUUUUUCUGUCUCUCUUCUCAGUUGCCGAUCCAUCUAUCUAUCUCUGCGUGGAGCAAUGGCGGAAAACGCUGCCAUGGAGAAGAAGGCUAUGAUACCGGAGCGUGCCAAGCUGCACUUGGCCAUGUUGGCCUUGCAGUUCGGCUAUGCUGGCUUCCAUGUCGUUUCAAGAGCAGCACUCAACAUGGGGGUCAGCAAAGUCGUGUUUGCAAUAUACAGAAACAUCAUAGCUCUGAUUCUGCUCAUUCCCUUUGCGUACUUCCUGGAGAAGAAGGAGAGGCCGAAGAUCAAUCUCUCAUUCUUGGUCCAGUUCUUCCUCCUAGCUCUAUGCGGGAUUACUGCUAACCAAGGAUUCUAUCUGUUGGGGUUGGAGAAUACAUCCCCAACUUUCGCAUCAGCCAUUCAAAACUCUGUGCCUGCAAUCACAUUUGUCAUGGCAGCAGCACUGGGGCUGGAAAAGGUUCACCUGAACAGGAAGGAUGGGAUAUCCAAGGUACUUGGAACUCUCUUGUGUGUUGGUGGCGCAUCCAUCAUCACUCUAUACAAAGGACCAGUCGUAAUAAAGCCACACCUAACAAGUACAAACAAUGAACUGCUCCUUCUGCUGGAAGGCAAUGGAGGCAAAAACUGGACACUGGGCUGCAUUUUUCUGAUAGGGCACUGCCUUUCUUGGUCCGGCUGGUUGGUGCUGCAAGCACCAGUGCUGAAGAAAUACCCUGCGCGCCUCUCAGUCACCUCCUACACCUGCUUCUUUGGGGUUAUACAGUUCCUCAUCAUUGCAGCAUUCUUAGAGAGAGAUAUCCAGACUUGGAUUAUAAGUUCAGGGGGUGAACUUUUCACCAUUCUAUACGCGGGAUGCGUCGCCUCCGGGAUAGCGUUUGCUGUUCAGAUUUGGUGCAUUGAUAGGGGUGGCCCCGUGUUUGUUGCAGUUUACCAGCCAGUGCAGACCUUAGUUGUCGCAAUCAUGGCCUCCGUUGCAUUGGGUGAACAGUUCUACUUGGGAGGAAUCAUUGGAGCAGUGCUUAUAAUAGCUGGACUGUACCUUGUUCUGUGGGGGAAGAGCGAGGAGAGAAGAAGGGCGAGAGAGAAUGUGAUCAUAGCGGCCAGCAGUGAGAUCAGGAACGAGGUGCAUGGAAUCAGGUGCGUGGAUUCCGGAGCUCAUGAAGUCAUAAAGCACGCCUCCGUGAGAAGCUCUCUCGCCCAGCCGCUUCUCCCACCUUCCUCCACCGAGAACGUUUAGAAGAGGACUGUUCAUGAUGCAGUAAUCGAAACUCUCUCCAGCAACCUUGCUUCCAAGUGUAGGCCAUAUUAUGUAUGUAGCCCUUAAGAGGAGGCUCUUCUUUUUCCUGCUAAUUUUUGUUCCGGAAGGAAGAAAUUAAGUAGUUUGCUCCUGCGUCACACGGACCCUUUAAAUUGCACUGGCGUCAGGUACCGUUAUAUGUUGUCCUUGUUAAAGAAUCAAACAAAGGACGCUCUGUCGCCGUGUUCUUCUGGUCCUGUCCAUGUGAUAUAGGUUUACUUGGCCGCCAACUCUGGCGGCCUCUUAUGUAAAAGCCCUUGCAUUCGCUUGGGCAUGUUCUUGUGUGUUUGUGUAUUUAUUUUGAAAUUAUGCAGGCUUCUCCUCC